GGUCCUUAAGAAUAUAUUAUCUACCAAUGGAAUAGCAUUAGCAAGCAAGGCUCAGGGCCCAGCCCACGCUCGACUUGCAUACAGACAAACAAAGCAGAACUUACACUUCGCCUCUCUGGUUAUGCCCUUGCGACGAACGGCAGACAACUCCAACAUCGGAGCCCCGCUAUAUAAUUUGCCCCUUUUUCAGCUCUCCCUCCUUCCUUCUUCCACCAGUCUGUUCUCUGUGCUGCAGUUCUAUCCAUCGACGCAGAGAGGCACUGCGAUUUGUGUAUCUUCGUCACUUCCUAGCUUGAUUUGAUCUUCUUCUACUUUCGCCGGGAGAGAGGGACCUAAAAGUUAUGUCCUCCAACCCAAGGGUCACCAUCACUCUCGGCCGCUCUGGUCAGGUGGUGACUAAGGAAGGUAAACAGCCUUCAGGGGAAGGGUCAUGGAUGUCUUCCAGCAAACGGCAUCGAGGAGAUCGCAUGAAAUGGAGCCCUGGUCUCUCUGGUGAGAAAGUACAUCCAACAUCAUCAAGAUCCAAUGAAGCCCCUAUGAGUUAUAGAACUCCGAGCAGGCCUUCUUCCAGUAGUCAAUAUAACGAUUUGAGGCCGCCAACUUAUCCUGAAGAAUAUGCUAGUGGGAAUGGGAUAACCUACUCUUCUCAGUUCGCUAUGGGAGGAUCAAGGAGAGCAAGUGCCUUUAUGCAGCUUCAUGAACAUGUUACUGUGGCGGAUUUCUUGCAUUCACUUGGACUGGGGAAAUAUUGCAUCAGCUUUCAGGCAGAAGAAGUGGACAUGGCUGUACUGAAGCAGAUGGGGGAGAAAGAUCUUAAAGAUAUGGGCAUACCGAUGGGUCCAAGAAAGAAGAUCCUUCUUGCUCUACUACCUCCUCCAAAAAAGCGGGCUUCAUGAUUUUGUCAAUGUGCUGCCUGCUCUCACAAAGGUCACACGAAGGUGCUCCUUGUUUUGUUAUUGAAGGUUGUAAUUGUAUUAACAGAUUCCUUUAGACGGUGGAAAGAUUGUAGAUCAUAUGAUCACUGAAAAGGGGUGGAAGAUUGACGUGUAACGAAAUGAAUAUCAAAUACGAAUGUAUAUGGCGCACUAGGAACUAGAUCAAGUGUUCAUGAAAUUAACAUAUUGUUUCUCAUUCAUUCCUCCAUUUGUUUGUAAAAAGUUUGCCUUUGUACAGAGACAGCGCAAACUUCUGGCUAGCAACAAACAAACAAUCAGGUAACAACACAUACCAUCCCUAAAGCCUCUCAAUGUGAUCUAAUAGACGGUGCCCUCGAACUUGAAGAAGACCGUUGGUUAUCAUUCUUGGCACAGUCUUUGGCAUUCUUCGAAGCGAAAGCAAGCAGGAACCUGCUCACACCAUUUGCAGCUGCGGCAGCAGGAGCAGUAGCCAAAUCCUUCUUACACUGAUGAUCCGCUGGAAACCUGUGGCUCAAGCAAACCUUCAUCUGGCAGGUUUUGCAGACGCAGGUAUUGGAAAAGGUCAGUAUCUCCUUGCACCGACGAACGCCACACGUGGGCUUCUUCUUCUUCCUUGGAUCGCAUUGCCCCGACUUCUCGUGCCUCUCCAGCAACGCCUUUUCGGCCAACUCCCCAUGGCCCGUAGUCUCUAUGGAGGUGGAGCAAAUCUCGCAGACCACGACUUUGCGGCUGUUGUGGUCGGAUUUCGGGCAUGCGUGAGCCCUGUACGAUCUGUGCUCCAAGCAGAAAACCUGAAACGAACCCAGAAUCCGGAAUUCAUUCAGCAAUGGAGAAAAAGGGAAAGGAAUUGGGUUUGGAUUGGAUUGGAUUGGAUUGGAUUGUAAAUUUGCUACCUGUUGGCACCCCUGGCAUUUAAAAGGCAGGAAGUCGAGCUGGUUGCAUUCCUUGUGCUGGCAGUGCCUGCCCAAAUCCGGGAAAGCUUCUGUUCCUCCUGACAUGAUCGGUUUGAUUCGAUCGAAAUUGCUGCGAAUUAGUUGCUAUACCUUUGGUUGGUGGAUUUCUUGAAGGAGAAUCGAGGAGAAUGGAGGAAAAGGUGAUGGGAUAGAGCUGUGGGAAGAAGUGGAAUUUAUAAUUCUGGGAAGAAGCUGGCUUGGGGCGUAAGGCAGGAAAUCCAGCCAAGCCCCCUCCCUCCGACCUGAAACCUAGAUUGUUCUUUUGCUGUUCCUUUUUGAGGAUUGGUUUCCAGAUUUUUGAAAAUGUUUUCCCUUUUCUUUUUCCUUUUUAAAACGUGAAGGAUGAAGCGGAAAUGAAGCCGUCAGACAAGGAGGGAAGUUCCAGCGGGAAACGACGCGCUUCUCGGUAGCCGCGUAGUGUGGGCUGGUGCGACGUCAUUGCCGACGACGAGAAGAGAAAUUGGUAUUUGGAAGUGGGCUGGGCUUUUGUGUUACAGUUGGAUCAGUCUAAGUCGUUAGGAUUUCGGGCUUAAGAUCUUCUAA